CCAUGUUUGCAGCUUUGGAAUCCCAGUAGGAUCACUGUACGUGAAAAAUCACUUCGACCAAGACUCGAAGACGGCGGUCCUGAAGCUGGUGUCUGAUAUACACAAGGAGUUCGAUGCGAUGCUGCUGGAGGCUGCCUGGAUAGACCGUAUCACGAGGCAGCGAGCAAUUCAGAAAUCGAAGGCCAUGACCUAUUACAUAGCUUACCCAGACGAACUGCUUAACGACACGAUGGUAAGCGAGCUCUACGAAGAUCUACAGCUCACCGACGACGACUUCUUCCAAAACAUGCUGAACAAUAACAUUUUCAACACCAACUACUUCUACAGCAAACUACGUGAGCACGCCGACAAGAACGACUGGCGAGAAUUCGGCGAAAUCACAGCUGUCAACGCCUUUGCGAAAUCGACGAACGGCAUCACGUUCCCCGCGGGUAUUUUACAAGGCACUUUCUACAGCAAUGACAGGCCUAAGUACAUGAACUACGGAGCCAUCGGAUUCUUGAUCGGUCACGAAAUAACCCACUUGUUCGACGACAAGGGCCGCCAGUUUAACGCCGAGGGCAAGCUCCAGGAAUGGUGGGAGCCGGAGACGCGCAGCCGCUUCCUGGACAGCGUCCAAUGCAUCAUCGAUCAGUACGGCAACAUCACCGUCGACAGGGUCAACAUGCAGGUAAACGGCAUCCUAACCCAGGGCGAGAACAUCGCCGACAACGGCGGCAUACGUAUGGCGCGCCGCGCCUACGACCGCUACCAGAGCAGUGAAGGGCGCGAGCCGGCGCUGCCCGGCCUGCAGCAGUACACCAGCGAGCAGAUGUUCUGGCUGGGUACCGUCAACACCUGGUGCGCCGUCUACAGGGAGGAAGGGCUCCGGCAGGUGAUGCGCUCCAGCAACCACGCGCCCUCGUUUGUGCGUAUGAACACGGCGAUCAAAAACACCGAACAGUUCGCGCGUGACUGGCAGUGCCCGGCCGGCUCGCGCAUGAACCCCGUGGACGGCUGCCGUGUCUGGUGAGCGAUCGCGAUGUUGUUAGUUUUUCAGGCCGCCGCUAGAGUACCAUCCACGGCUGUGUACCUAUUCAAGGAAGGAUACAUUUAGGUUGAGUGUAAUGAGGAUAGCGUGCGAACGUUCUUCUGUGUUCAGAACACCGCAGAGGAAAUGCGACGGCUGAGGAACUUUUCGUCAAUCUUUUACCACCAGGCGACCCUGUCUACUGGCGUAGCGGUAGAUGGACACAGCACGCAUGAUCACGGAUAUCAGGUAUCUUUCCACUUGAGACUGAUGAUGGAACGCGCUAGGUUCGCCUAAUGAGAUGUUGAUCCCGAUAGAUCGCAUAUCGUUCAAAUAUAA